AUGGGCGGGAGCGGGGCGGGGAGGAGGGGGGCGCUCCAGGUCCUCCGUAGGCCCGGGUCGGCGUCCGGAGCAGGGGUGACGUUGCUGCAAGUUCCUCCAGUGGUCCUGGGGCUCAGGGGCAGCCCAGGACUCUCCCUCGCCCGGCUCACGGCCCUGCCUGGGGGGCGCCUCCGGGAGCAGAUCGCGGGCCCUGGGGCCUGGCCGUCUGGAGCGUCUAGCUCGGCGGGAUGUGCGCGGUGGCCACACCGCUGGCCGGGUCCCCAAAGCGGGCCCCGUUCCCACUUCCCACCCCGGCCCCGAAGACUGGCCCAGUUCCGCGCCCUGGGCCCAGUUCCCGAGCUUCGUGUGCGAGCACCGCACCGCCCUGGGCCCAGCUCCGCCUUGGGGCACCUCUCUGUCUGCCCCUCCGUGCCCGACUACAUUGCUGCCCCUCCAGCGGGGGACUCAGCCCGGUCAAUCGCGGCGGCUUGCAGGGCGGCAGGCUCCGGGGGGACUCCCGGGGCCGGCUCCAGGGACUGUUCCCCUCCUCCCCACGCCCCCGCGGCUGGGGGGAGCGGCGACGUAGGGCCAGGGUCCGGAGCCGCGGAGCCUCCGGGCCUGGGAGCAGGUCCCCCCAUCCGGCAACGCGAGGGUGGUGGCGGCGGAGUCGGCUGCCUUGGGAUCUCAAGGCACAGGGGACGCCAGGCACAGACGUCCCAAAGCAGUAACUGCCGCUCCCGCAGCUGCUCCGCCGCCGCUGCCCACCCCUUCGCGCUGCAGCUGGCGUGA